CCUACUCUCGCGGGCACGUCGUGCAGAGGAGGAGGAAGAGGAGGAGGAGGAGGAGGAGGGAACCGAAGCAGGAAGGAAGGCAGUCACAGAGGGAAGGGAGGCAGGCUGUGAAUGCUAACAAGCGGCGUCAUAAUCCUAGCGCUCCGUAGGUAGGGGAGUUAGAUUUAAAAAAAAAAAAAGGCGUAUUGGUAUGGAGAGGAACACCGACCACUUUUAAACACCUACUAUGCGCCAGUGCCGCCUUUGCCCCGUGCGCGUGCAGCCUCACCGUCGUCGGCACGUUUGAUCAGGGAAAAAAAAAAAAAAACUCGUCUUUUUCCGCUGAGUGAAAUGUAUCGCGACUGCUCGGGACUCACAUUCUGACAAUGGAGAUUGAAAACAUCGUGGCCAACACGGUUCUCCUGAAGGCAAGGGAAGGUGGAGGAGGGAAGAGGAACGGCCGCAGCAAGAAAUGGAAGGAGAUGCUAAAACUGCCCCACAUCAGCCAGUGUGAGGAGCUACGCCGCUCAAUCGAGAGGGACUACACCAGCUUAUGUGAGAAGCAGCCCAUCGGUCGGCUGUUAUUCCGUCAGUACUGUGACACCAGGCCAGAGCUGAAGCGCUGCAUCGAGUUUAUGGAUACUGUGGCCAUGUACCAGCUAGCUCCUGACGAGAAGAGGAGGGACUAUGGACUGAAUGUUUUAGACACAUACUUUAAUAAUGGGUCGGCCGCCCAUCUGCCAGUCGUACCGCAGGAAAUGGUCGCCGGGUGUCGGGAGAGGCUGGAGCAGAGUCCGUGUAAGGAGCUCUUCAAUGACUGCACCAAAAUAGUUCGUGAUUAUCUGGGUGGAGCUCCAUUUUCCUCCUACCAGGAGUCCAUGUACUUCUCUCGCUUCCUGCAGUGGAAAUGGUUGGAGAGGCAACCAGUAACCAAAAAUACCUUCAGACAUUACAGAGUACUAGGAAAAGGUGGAUUUGGCGAGGUUUGUGCCUGCCAAGUACGUGCCACCGGUAAGAUGUACGCCUGUAAAAAGCUGGAAAAGAAACGAGUGAAGAAAAGAAAAGGUGAAGCAAUGGCACUAAACGAAAAACGCAUUUUAGAAAAAGUUAACAGUAGUUUUGUAGUUAGUCUAGCCUAUGCCUAUGAGACCAAGGAUGCGCUGUGCCUGGUGUUGACCAUAAUGAAUGGCGGGGACUUGAAGUUUCAUAUCUACAACAUGGGCAACUCGGGCUUUGAUGAGCAGAGGGCCAUCUUCUAUGCUGCUGAGAUCUGCUGUGGCCUUGAGGACCUGCACCGUGAGAGGAUAGUCUACAGGGAUUUGAAACCUGAAAACAUCCUUCUGGAUGAUCGUGGACACAUACGAAUUUCCGACCUGGGCCUCGCUGUUCAAAUCCCCGAAGGAGAGACGAUACGAGGGCGAGUGGGCACCGUUGGAUACAUGGCACCCGAGGUGAUCCAGAACGAGAGCUACACCUUCAGCCCCGACUGGUGGGGGCUGGGCUGCCUGAUCUUUGAGAUGAUACAGGGCCAGUCGCCCUUCCGCAAGCGCAAGGAGCGGGUCAAGCGGGAGGAAGUGGACAGACGAGUGCGCGAGGACCAGGAGGAGUACUCUGACAAGUUUGUGGAGGAGGCGAAGGACAUCUGCAGACAGCUCCUGGCUAAGGACCCCAAGGAGCGACUGGGUUGUCAGGGUCGAGGGGCCAUAGAGGUCAAACAGCACCCCAUCUUCAGAAAUAUCAACUUCAAACGACUGGAGGCCAACAUGCAGGACCCUCCCUUUAGCCCGGAUCCUCGGGCCGUGUACUGUAAAGACGUCCUGGACAUUGAGCAGUUCUCUACCGUCAAAGGUGUGAACCUUGACCCCACAGAUGACGACUUCUACUACAAGUUUGUCACAGGCAGCGUCUCCAUCCCGUGGCAGAACGAGAUGAUUGAGAUGGAAUGCUUCAAAGAGAUCAACGUUUACGAGACCGAUGGGACGCUGUGCUCAGAUCUGGACGUAAAUCGGCCUAAUCCUCCACCAAAGAGAGGCUUCUUCUACCGCCUGUUCAGAAGAGAGGCAAGUGCUAGUGCUCCGGCAACUGUCCGAGGGGGUGGGGGCUAAGGUCUGUUUUAAGAGCGGUUACAGUGACGACGAGAUUGAGGAGCCCUCGCGACUUUAAACCACUCCUCCUCCUCCUCCUCCUCCUCCUCCUCCUCCUCCUCCUCUCGCCCCUCUCCGCUGAACUUCACCACAAACUCCAACCGAGCGCAAAUCUUAGGAACUCAGUGAAUGUUGACCUGUAUUUAUGAGCUGUAUUAAAAGUGUAUUAUAAUUAAAGAUAACAGUAUGAGUUUAAAGAUUUUGUACAUUUGUACUUGAAUUUAUGUCUAGAUGUAUAUUUUCACUAAAGGUUGUAUUGUACAAAAAGCCAUAAAAGUACCACUUGAAUGCAUAUAUUACGUUUUGAUUUCCUUUUUUUCCCUUUUGGAAUGAGUAUGGAUAGCGUGUAUCGGGAAGGUUUUUGUUGUUUUUUAGCACAGUAAAACGGUUCCUUUUUUUUCCCUCAAUGUAGCAUCAUGCCUUUUUUAAUUUUAUUUUUAUACAUGUGCUUUUUUUGUCAUUAAUUUGGUCAACAUGACGUGUUUUUAGCACAUCAGAUCCACCGGGUUCCCAAACUAACCCAUAGCCUCUGCCCCUCCGCGCCCCCUCCAUCCCCCCAAGGCUCAGGAAGAUCUGAAAGAAGCAAAUUGAACCAAAUAACAUUGGGUGAAAUAAAUCCAGUCCAGCGUGGUUGCGUUGAUGCCGCCCCUUCUUAUUGGAUUAAAAAAUUAGUUGUGAAGUGAUGAUCCACAUCUUUCUCUCAACCCAGUCAGUUAAGUUGCACUGGACUUUCUAUUGUGUGUAGUAAACAAUCUUCUAGGGUCCUGUACCAGCUCAUUUUUAGCAGAGAUGGCUUGGAUUUGAUUGUAACAACAUGGAGUCAGCAAGUGGAAUAAUUGGAAUAUUUUAAGUAAACGUGGCAGAGCCCUUUUCUGUAAAAAGAAACUCUGAUAUUCUAGCCGAUUAGAAUUAUCAUUCCUGUUCUUUAUAGAUUUGUCGUGGGGUUUUAAAAGGCUCAGAUCUUUUAAUUUCAGAUGUCAGGCUGUGUUUCCUUCCGAAGAACAGCUGUUUAGUAAGUCUGUUACAUUAUUCACUCAGGCAAAACAGGUCUCCUGGUCAUCUUUAUUCUUUUUUUCUGUCAUUUUUAUGGCUUCUUAUGUUGUGCUACUUGGGCUAUACUUUGUUUUGGUCUUUCUUGAUGUUUCCGUUUUUUGUUAUAAACCUGUUUUGUGUGCUGAGCGGAAUUCCUUUUCCUUAAAAUAUCUUAGUAAUUUGCCACACGUAUUUACAGUGUACCAGAAAUGUUGCUGGAGUGGGAACACAUGACGAAUGAUGAUGUCGCUGUUUAAGAUAAUCUGGUCUGCAGUUCCGAGCUCUUCAUCUUGACCACAAAUUGCUGUUGCAUCAAAGUGACUGACGUGGAUUAGACUUGCAGCAGCUUUUAGCCUCGGUCAAGAUGCAGUCCGUCGGUCAUAGACAGCUCGAGACCUGCUGGUCGACCGGCAGUUAGCCCCCGUGGCUUCGGCUGUGUUUGUAUUGGAUAAAAAUACCAUUUCUCAAUCGUAAUAUUCCAUUUCCAAAAACCUGUAGGUAGUUGUGACGUAGGAGUUGCUUGGAACAGUGUUUGUGUGCGUUUGUGUGUGUGUGUAGAACGAGACGAACGGGAAUAACAUUCAUUAGCAUAUUGCAGGUAGAGAUUCCAUCAUGUGUGUACAGGAACAUUCGUCCACUUGCAGAGCCACAGUGGCUGUGCACAUUAGUGUCAUCAACGACUAAGUGCUUACUUCCCAGUUAAUCAGUCGUGAACAAAUCACAAAGCAUUUUCUGCACAUUUCUCAGCAGGUUCUAAUUGUUUUUCUCAUCUGCAUUUCGGAGGCAAUUGAAGCCGUUUUGUUUUUGAAUUUUGCUUUUGAGGAAGUUGCUGUUUACGCCCAUCACCUGUUUUAAUGCUGUGAAUACCCAAUCUUCACUUUGUGUGUGUUUGUGUGUAUUUUUCAUUGUGAGCAAAUGAAACUUCUGUUCAGUCUACCGCAAUGAAGUACAAAAAUACAAUAGUGACACUCAUUUGAAUUUAAAACCAUUUAAGACACUACACUUAAAAUGGUACGCAAGUAAUUCCCCAUCCUGAAAUCUCAUUUGGAUAGUUGGCUUGUUCUAAAGAAUGUUGUCUCCUGUUGCACAUUCCAUUUAAAAAUCAGGAAUCAAAUGUGCGCAUCUGUUGCUUUGAUUUGUCAUCACUUAAGUUUCUGAGUGUCUUUUGUAAAAAAUGUUUUUGUUGCUCUCAGGCACAUUUUGAAGCUGAUUUCUCUUGCCUAAUGUAGAUUUUAGCCUUUUAGCUCUUUAGCCUCAAAAACCUUGUAAAUGAUGUAUUUCUAAGAUGUAACUAGCUUACAUUCACUCUCACGGGGAAACUAAACUGUGUUUGCCACCCAUGCCUCUGUCAUUGUUUGAACUUCGCUCUUCUAGUACCCAUAUAGCAGAAAAGAAAAGAGUUUAGUUUCAUUGCACUAUGGUGUGUUUUGACAAUGACUAUAGGAAGUGUCUUUAAUGUUUUUUUGCCAAUGAUACCAAAAGCAACGUGGGAGAGGUCUGUCUGAAAACGUUCCUGAAGAAAGACUGAUAGCCUUUAUUAUAUGUGCCAAUUAAGUUCUGACAUCCCGCCUUUUUUCAAUCAUUCCGUCCAUUCUGAGAGAAAUUCCUUCACGUAAAGGAACUUUAAACGGCUCAACAGUUUUGAAUGUCCGCACUAAGUGCAUUGUAAUGCCUGUUUAAAAAAAAAUACAUAUGUUUUAUUACUCAAGCAUGUAUUGGUUUGUAAUACUUCAAAUUCCUUGUAUAUGUAAAUGAUGACCUUCUAGUGCCAACAUAUCUCACUGGUAUGGGAGGACAACUCUAUAAUUGGCAAGGUGGCCAGCUGAGUCGGCCCCCGUUUAAAUGCCCAGCAUGCAUUCCUUCCCUCCUGCCUCCCUCCAAGGCAAUGAGGCCAAGUCUCUCCCAAAAAGUUGGGAUGGCGCUCACCAUUUAGAAGGACGAGAUCCUCAGUUCCUUAAUGUUAGUAGUCCGGUUUCUGGUGUCACACUUCUGACCAGAAAUGUCAGAUAAGUGGUUGUUUUAAGGAAAAAAAGGAGGGAGGAAUGGCACGUGCAUUAUUGGUUUUUAAACGCGGGCUGGGACUGAUUUUUCUCCUUUUCCUUUUUUUUUUAUAUCUGUACAGUCAUGUCGUUCAACCACUGCAGUCAUUGUUAAUUCUUGUACAAGUUGUAUCACUGGUUGUUGUACCAUAUCUGACAUUUGUAAUUAUGAAAUAAUACACUGCCAUUUGUAUAAAACUA